UUUACGUAGAACGGUGAGAGUUGAGAGGGCAGUGACGAAAGAAUGUGAUGUAUCCGGGAGCAGUGUGUUUGCGUGGAAUAAACCAAAGGAAGACAGGAAAGAUAGACAUUAUUUCUGUCUGCGUCUCUACUUUUGGUUUAACUGAAACAGUCACCAUGAAGCUAAUAAACAGCAGUGCUAGAGGACCUUCAUUCACCUGCUUAACCCUGGCUUUUCUCUUGUUGCUGCAAUGCCAUCACAUAGCCAGUGAUUUUGGCCAAAAGUCUGACUCUGCCCUAAUUGUGGUGGAUAAUGUAGGAGGAGGAGAAGGAGUAGGUGGUGAUGAAGAAGAGGAGGCGAUGGUAAAUCUAAAGGUGGUCCAGCCUAUUGAGCAGUGGCAAACACUCAAACCAGGCCAGGCAGUGCCAGCAGGUUCCCAUGUGAGGCUGAAUCUGCAGACAGGUCAGAGGGAGGUUAGACUGGGAGAAGAGCAGCUCAAAUACUGGAAACAGGAACACAGGGAGAGAGAAGGUACCCAGUCCUCCUUCACUCCUGAUGAACUAAAACAGGCCAUGAAGAAGAUAAAGGAGGACCUGAACACAGACUCUGUGGUUUCUAAGUAUUGCCCCCUAGAGGAGUUAAAGACAGACAUGGCUCAGCUGGACCUGAUAGUGGAGACGGAUGUUCAGAUAAUGAGGCGUCUGCUGGACCAAUUGAACAGUAGCAACUCCACUGCAGAGCAGAGACUGAACAUCCUGCUGGAGCUGGAGUAUCUGGUGCACCAGGUAGAUAAUGCUCAGACUCUGUGCUCGAUGGGGGGUCUCCAGUUCAUUCUAGAAGGUCUAAACAGCUCGGACUUCAGAUUACAGGAAAGCUCUGCCUUUGUCCUGGGAUCUGCUUUGACCAGUAACCCAGUGGUUCAGGUAAAAGCUUUGGAGAGUGGUGCUCUGAGGAUGCUGUUAACCAUACUGGCCACUGCACAGCCAUUCAGAGUCAAAAAGAAGGUUCUGUUUGCUGUGGCCUCCCUCAUACGUCACUUCCCCUAUGCACAGCAUAACUUCCUGUCACAUGGCGGACUACAGGUCCUAUCAGAGUUGUUCAGAGCAGAUGGAGGCAGAGUUCUGCAAACACGCAUUGUCACCAUGUUAUAUGAUAUGAUCAGCCAGAAGGAGCUGAUCUCUCAGGCAGGUCUAGACCCGGUCCUGGAUGCCUCCCAUGAGGAGCGUGUGCGUCAGUACUCUCAGGUAUCCCUGGAAGGGGAGCUGCUGGAGAAGGGUUGGUGCAGUCUGGUCCCACAGCUGCUGGAGUCCACUGAGCAUGACUACAGAGAGAAGGCUCUGCGGGCUUUGUUGGUGAUGGCUCCAAUGUGUUUGGAUAAGUACCGCUCAGACAGCUCUCUGCUGGGCUCUCUGCUCUCUCUCCGAGACCAGUACCUGGAAAUGGUCCAGUCAGAAAUGAUUCUAGGAGAGGAGAACGGCUACUUUGCAGAGAUUGUAGAACUUAUAGAUGCACUACAAGUUAAAAUGAAAUGACCAGACAAUUGUACAGAAUGACAUUUUAUAUGGCCACACAAUGCAGAGAGGAGUAUAUACACUGAUAGAUGGUGGAAACUUAACAACCAGUGUUCAAGUGCAUGACCCACCACAGAAGGACACACUCCUCAAGACAAGAGUCAACUACAUGCAAAUCGAGGAUGAGGGACACUCCUUUGAAGACACAAAUGUCGAGCUGACUCUGUAGGUGUUGGAUCCAUAGUAUGAAUUUGACAAACCAAGCUUUCAUUGAUGGCCACAUAAUGUUUAUGGAGGGGGCUGAGGGUGUGGUUGUCAUAGACCCUUUUCACAGCAGACAUUCUGAGUUGUCAAAGCAGGAAAAGUACAGGUGUCAAUAAAAUAAUUAGGGAUGGCCACAUUCGUUCAGUGUCCUUUAAGUCAUGUCAGCCAGUGAGAAAGCACACUAUCAGAGCCACGGAAGUGGCUCACCUAAAUGGAAUGCAGCCAUCAUUAAUGUUAUUAAUUCCACCAAUGCACUUGCUUUGACAUAUCAAAAUGUCUGCGCUGAAAAAAAUGGGCUCUAUUGUAAAAUUAGAAGUAUUGUGUGUUCUUUUUUGAGACAAAUACCUUAUGAGUUUGGGUAUUCCCUGUGGUGUUACCUCUAAAUUAAACCAGACAUUAUUAAGUGUUAAAGGUUAAAAGUACUGAAGCUAUAAGACUACUGUUGUUAUCAACCCGGUGAGUCAUCCCAGGUUUUCUCGAGCGCGUUCACAUGAAAGGGGCGGCAUUUACAGCAUAUGACCAAUCGCAAACAUGGACAAGUCUACUGGCAGCAGAGCGGCAUAUUUCACAAACUAAGAGCAAACUAUAAUAUUAGACAAAUACGAAUAAGUUCAACACAUAUUCCAGGUUAAAAGCAAUAGUUGCAGCUGCCAAAUGCAGGAAGGACAGCUGGCAAAAAAUAGCCCAUUGUUUGAAUGCCUAAGUUAACAAAAUUAUGAUAUCACUGCCUCAUCAUUAGGGUACAUGUAGAUGUGACUCUAAGUACAUUUGGGUAUUCCAUUAAAUUAAUGCGUUGCUUAGAUGUGUUCUUAUGGCGUGUGUGACAAUUUCAGCCUUACUCUUUCAGCUGCAACCCCGGUGGUGUCAUACGGACUUGGGAGCAAAAAAUUAAUAUAGGAUUACUAUCAUAUCUUAUAAGUACAAGUCCGAGGCUUUAGUCCUUCAAUCUGUCUCUGUAGGAUGAUAUCAGUAUACAAGCCACAAUGGCAGAAAAAACGUGAAAUGAAGAAGACGGGGGGGGGGGGGGGGCUCCUACACAGGAGUACACUCCUGCUGAAGAGUUGGCCCUCAGCAAUAAUGACGGUCGCUUAUAUAAAAAAAUUGUCUGAAAAUUCAAUUUAAUUUAUAUAGCCCAUACAUAUUAAUAAAGGUUAUCUCAGGGCACUUUCCAUAUAGAGA